AGAGAGAGAGAGAGAGAGAAACCAUGAUGGAGGUGCCCAGGCACUGACAACACUAUGACACCCAGCAUCAAGCACUCGGAUUGUUUUACACCAAUGUUGUGCCACUGUAAAGUAGCAUGCACCAACAGCACCAUCUCGCUUAUGUUCGGAUGCAAGAAGUACAGGAUUCAGGAUGAAGAUAGUUCCACCCCCCAUCAGGACCAAGGUCAGUCCCAGGCCUGUCCUCAGCACCCCUACCCUGGCUUGGAGGGCAGAGAGAGGGAGCUGCCGUGUAGCCACCACGGGACCCUCCGCAGCCACCAUGGAACCCUGGACAGGCACCACCACAACAGGGGGGAGAGAGAAGGCACGGAGGGCAGGGGAGAGGGACUGCCAGAGCUGGCCCAGGUAGCAGAGAAGAAACUGUCCCGAAUAGAGAACGUUCACGGAAACGUCUCCCAUGCACACAUCUCUCCUACGAAGGCAAACCCACCUCCAGUGGUGGUCAACACAGACAGUUUGGACACCCCCCCAUACGUGAAUGGAACAGAAGCAGAUUAUGAGUAUGAGGAGAUCACCCUGGAACGGGGUAACUCGGGGUUGGGCUUCAGUAUUGCGGGGGGGACAGAUAACCCCCACAUUGGAGAAGAUCCCAGUAUCUUCAUCACCAAGAUCAUCCCUGGAGGAGCUGCAGCUCAGGACGGAUGCCUCAGAGUGAAUGACUGCAUCUUGAGAGUAAACGAGGAAGACGUGAGGGAUGUGACCCACAGUAAGGCCGUGGAGGCCCUAAAAGUGGCCGGCUGCAUCGUCAGGCUCUACGUCCGCAGGAGAAAAGUCCUCUCAGAGAAGAUCAUGGAGCUCAAACUAGUCAAAGGUCCUAAAGGGCUAGGGUUCAGUAUUGCGGGGGGAGUAUGGAACCAACACAUUCCAGGCGACAACAGCAUCUAUGUCACCAAGAUCAUUGAGGGAGGGGCUGCACACAAAGACGGGAGGUUGCAAAUAGGAGACAAACUAUUGGCUGUAAACAGCGCUUGUCUUGAGGAGGUGAGUCACGAGGAUGCCGUGGAGGCCUUGAAAAACACCCCCGAUGUGGUUUACUUGAAAGUGGCGAAACCCACCAGUGUCUUCAUGAACGACAGCUUCGCUCCGCCCGACAUCACCAACUCAUAUUCCCCUCACAAGGACAACCAUAUCAGCCCGUCCAACUACCAUAGCCAGCCCCAUACCCCCGACACACCCGGACGCUACUCACCCAUCCCCAAGAGCAUAUUGGGAGACGACGAGAUCACAAGGGAGCGCAGGAAGGUGGUGUUACACCGUGGCUCUACAGGCCUGGGUUUUAACAUAGUAGGAGGAGAGGAUGGAGAGGGAAUCUUUAUUUCCUUUAUCCUGGCUGGUGGACCUGCUGACCUCUGUGGAGAGCUCCGGAAAGGAGACCGCAUCAUCUCAGUAAACGGGGUUGAGCUCCACAGUGCAACCCAUGAGCAGGCAGCUGCUGCUCUGAAGAACGCUGGACAGACGGUCAACAUCGUAGCCCAGUACAGGCCAGAGGAAUACAGUCAGUUUGAAGCCAAAAUUCAUGAUCUUCGGGAGCAGAUGAUGAACAGUAGAAUCAGCUCAGGCUCUGGCUCUCUACGGCCCAGCCAGAAAAGAACGCUCUACGUCAGGGCCCUGUUUGACUAUAACAGGACAAAGGACUCUGGGAUGCCCAGCCAGGGGCUUAACUUCCACUUUGGAGACAUCCUUCACGUGGUGAACGCCUCCGAUGACGAGUGGUGGCAGGCGAGGCACAUGACCCACGAAGAAGAGGUAGAUGAGGUCGGAGUCAUCCCCAGCAGGAGGAGGGUAGACAGAGCGCGGUUAAAGACUGUCAAAUUCAAUGCCAGGUCUCAAGACAAAGGGGUCCCUGACAACAAAGCACUGAGUGGCCAGGAGGAGUACGUCCUGUCCUAUGAGCCGGUCACACAGCAGGAAGUGAACUACACACGACCCGUCAUCAUCCUGGGGCCAAUGAAGGACCGUAUCAACGAUGACCUCAUCUCAGAGUUCCCUGACAAAUUUGGAUCCUGUGUCCCACACACGACCAGACUAAAACGGGAUUACGAGGUGGAUGCCAGAGACUACCAUUUUGUGGUGUCCAGGGAGCAGAUGGAGAAAGACAUCCAGGAUCACAAGUUCAUCGAGGCAGGCCAGUACAACAACCACCUGUAUGGAACCAGCAUCCAGUCUGUACGGGAGGUCGCUGAGAAGGGGAAGCAUUGCAUCCUGGAUGUUUCAGGCAACGCCAUCAAACGACUACAGUCGACCAUGCUCUACCCCAUCGCUAUUUUCGUCAAGCCCAAGUCUGUGGAGAACAUCCUAGAGAUAAAUAAGAGGCUAACAGAGGACCAGGGGAGGAAGACGUUUGACAGAGCCAUAAAACUGGAGCAGGAGUUCACUGAGCACUUCACUGCUAUAGUCCAGGGGGACUCUCUGGAGGAGAUCUACAACACGGUGAAAAUCAUCAUCGAGGAGCAGUCAGGACCCUUCAUCUGGGUGCCUGCCAAGGAGAAAUUGUGAAAGGAGUGAAAGGAGGACAGAAGAGAGUACCCUUAUUUUCUUUAAGUGGUCUUCAUGUCUUCUCUGAUUUUACGUCUUUUUAUUUUUACCAUCCUGGCCUGCUGUGACCGCUGGCCCUCUUGCCCGGAGCUUAGCACCCCCCUACA